CGCUGGUCAUACAUUUUAAGGGUCCGAGUUGUGGCGUUGGAGAUUUGAGAGGCAUUUUGAGCUCACCGUCUUCCAUUGUAGAGAGAGAAAGUGUGUAUCUGUAGAGAGAGAGAGAAAAAAUGAGUGGAACGGGGAAGAAAAUCGCAGACGUAACUUUUAAGGCGUCGAAGAGUAUCGAUUGGGAUGGUAUGGCAAAGAUGCUCGUCUCAGCUGAGGCUCGCAAGGAGUUCGCUAACCUCCGCCGUGUCUUUGACGAAGUGAACACCACUCUUCAAACCAAGUUCAGUCUGGAACCAGAACCCGUAGAUUGGGAAUAUUACAGGAAAGGAAUUGGCUCUCGGGUGGUUGAUAUGUACAAAGAAGCAUAUGAUAAUAUUAAAAUCCCGACGUAUGAGGAUAAGGUCACUCCUGAGUACAAACCCAAGUUUGAUGCACUGUUGGUGGAACUGAAAGAAGCAGAACAGAAAUCCUUGAAGGAGUCUGAAAGAUUGGAAAAAGAAAUUGCAGAAGUCCAAGAGCUGAAGAAAAAUCUUAGCACCAUGACUGCAGAAGAUUACUUUCAGAAGCAUCCCGGGCUAAAGGAGAAGUUUGAUGAUGAAAUCCGAAAUGAUUAUUGGGGCUAUUAAAUUCAGAUCAGCUUGUCGGUUCUUGGACCAUGGACCACCACCUUUGAUAGCUGAAGUAUUUCAUGUUCAUCCCUGUUUUGUCCUCGUUCUUAAGAAUAAAAGAAGGACGAACUAAAUCGUUUAUGUUCUUGUGUCUUGGGUAUUUUGAAGAAUUUGAAUUACAAUAUACUUGUCUUUGAGUUCCUCUUUUAGCCUCUCCAAUAGAGAGAGAGAGAGAGAGAGAGAGGAGAAAGAAUCAUUGAAUGUUAAACGAGUCUUUUAGAAGCAAGCAUUUUGUUCUUUCAAACUCUACUACAUUCAUUGAAUGAUUCAAAGCAUUUAUGUUCAAAUGCAAGAGUUGAUGACGGUAACUCAAAAAUCUCAGGAUCCGAAAACAUACUGUGCUACCUCAAAACCUAGUAGUCUCCCAAUCUGUUGUCUUCUGCAAUUGGUUUGUUAUCAAACCAAAAGGUGGGGUUGGGAUCUUUGGCAUGGAAUAAUAGUUUGUGGAUUGAUGUCCUUGUUGUAGCUUUA